UACUUGAUAAAUUCAAGUAAUCAUUUUAUUUUGAAUACCGACGUAAAGUCACACUGAAACCGGAAACUCGGAGGCAGAAGAGCAUAUAUUAAUGUCGAUGCAGAAGAGUGAGCGACAACACGCAGUGACGUUCGAUAGUUCUGAAUGCAGACCAGCAGGCCCCUGGUGGAGGUGGUCCGUCUAGGUUUGGUCUCCUAUCAAGAAGGUCUGCGGUUGCAGCAGCUCUAUGUGAGCCGACACCAGUCUGGUCCGGCUCACGCUCUGCUGCUGUGUGAGCACUCACCUGUCUACACCACUGGGAUUCGCCACAGUCCCUACCCCAUGCUGGACCGGCUUCGUCUGCUGGGAGCGGACACCUACCGCACCAACCGAGGAGGACUCAUCACCUUCCAUGGACCGGGACAGUUGGUGUGUUACCCCAUUCUGAACCUGUGCAGCUUCAAGAAGAGCGUCCGUUGGUACGUCAGUCAGCUGGAGAGAACCGUCAUCUCACUCUGCAGUCGCUUUGGCGUUGAAGCCGUGACGUCGCCUCACACUGGAGUUUGGGUCGGAGACAACAAGCUCUGUGCCGUCGGGAUCCACUGUGGGCGGUACGUUACAUCUCAUGGUUUGGCUCUGAACUGCAACACAGACCUGUCGUGGUUCCAGCAUAUUGUGCCAUGUGGCAUAGAGGGUAAAGGUGUGACAUCACUGAGCAAGGAGCUUCAGAGAGACGUCAGCGUGGAGGAAACCAUCCCUUACCUGCUGGAUGCCUUUGGAGACCAGUUUAACUGCCAGAUGACUGAUGGAGACACACCUAAACCCAACGAGGACUCUAGAUCUUUACUCUGACACGUCUUCCAGGCUGCACAUCCAUAAAACUCGGGAGAGAAACCAGAUGAUGGUUUAGAUGUUGGUCUGAGGCAGAUCCUUCUGAUCUUCAGGCUGGUGAUGAUUUAUUUACAUCAUCUAAGAUGUUUUAUGAGCAAAACGCUGAAAAAUAUGUUUUCAGAACUUUUUUUUUUCAUUAUCCAUUUUUUAAAUAAUUGGAAGUAAAGUUUAUGGUACUAUUUUAAAAAGUCCAACAUUUAUGUUUAGAUUUAUUAUUCGUGUUUAUUUAACCAGGUAAAAAUCUGCUUUUAGAUUAAAGUGUCUUAUUUCAAAGUCCAUUCAUUUAUUAAAUAUUAACUUUAAUCGGACGCUUUUGUUCAAUUUGACUUUGGGUAGAAAAACCAAACUUGUUGUUGUUCAAAUGUUGCUAAUUAACAUUAACAAAUCUGUUAUUCUAAGAAUAAAAGAAAAUAAGUCCAAACAUAAUGGAGCAAAAUGAAGGAAAAUGUAAUUGUGUAUUAAUAACUAGACCCCUAAUAAAUCCGUAAGACUUCACAGA